AUGUCUCUCCGACGCCUCCUCCUCCUUGCCCUUGUAUCGAUACCAGUCCUUGGUAAGUUCGCCUACACCGUUACCGGAACAUCCUACGGAAAACCUAUUCCUCCUUCCUCAAUCGUCUUCGAACCCAAGGCCCUAAGUCUCCACCGUCUCAACCGAACUUCAAGUGUUCAAGAAAAAACGAACUUGACGAUAUCAACCAAGAAACUAGCACGUCAACAAAAGAAUAAUCCAGUACUAUACAGCGCCAACUGGUACGGCGCCGUCCAGCAUCCAGGCGGGGACUCGACGAAUAAGAUCACCAACGUACACGCACACUUCCAGGUCCCUACAGUGUCCCCCAGAUAUCCUGGGGAUGGCGCUUGGUUUCUUGCCACUUGGGUAGGGAUUGAUAGGGCAAAAUGGCCAGAGACCCUGUUGCAGGCUGGAAUUCUCAGUCUGCUUGGUGCAGAUGGCAUUCAAAGCAAUGGGGCUUGGGUCGAAUGGGUUCCUGACAAGGCUUACGACAUCCCGUCAUUCCCUGGUGACAAUCUGAACCAGUCGACCGCCUAUACCGUUUCCCUCGUCAACGGUUCGCCCCUCGGCCAGGUCGACGCCGACUGGGUCGUCGAGGCCCCAAUGGUUGAGGGUUUUAGUAUAGCGCCGUAUUCCCGAUUCGACAACGUGUGGUUCAAGAAUUGCUCCGCAUCGACGACCAAUGGGACGACCAGGGGCGUGGACGGCGCCGAUAUGUAUUACUAG